ACACCAAGCUCCCCUCGUGUUGCUGACAUCUAAGGUUGCAGGUCAUGUUGCUUAGGGAAUUAUUAUGGAACAAAUUCCUUGCAUAUCCACUGUAUUCCACCCUGGAGGUUCACCUUCCCUUACGAGAGGCGGGGGGACAUAUCAAUAAGUCACCUCCAGCAAUUAUUCCACACUGGGCUGGCAUUCUUCUGAAGUUACCUCAUUCUCUUGGAAUCGUUUCCUUGGUCGUCUUCAUUCUGCUCGCAUCUGCCAGUUUCAGCUAGUUCUGUGUCAGCAGCAUUAGCUUUAUCAGAAAGUUGACUCUCGCUCAGCUCUUGCGGCCUGAGGCUUCAACUCCUUCAGCUUCUAGUGCUAAGCCAGGCUAUUCAUCCUAACAAUUCCCAGCACAGGGAAGGGCAAGCUCUACCGGAGCAACUCGGAGAGAACGGGGAUGGCUGCUUCCCAGGACAAGAAGGGAAAUCCAUCUCCUCUCUCCCCGGCUGCGCCGGCUCCCUGCUGGCGUCAUAAUGCACCUUCAAAGGAUGCGGGCUGAUGUCACAGGGGGAUGCCCCGCAUCCCAGGGAGGUCUCCCCAGCGCUGCCGGCACUUCCCGGCGAGGCUUGGGCGCUGCUGGGCACUGCUCAGGGGCUCCCCACUGCUGCCCUUCGGAGCUGCUCCACAGCCAGGAGCGGGAUCGGGAGGCAGCGGGGCUGCGCUGGGGGGACCCGUUGUGACCGGCAGAGGAGCAGGGGCACGUCGGAGAGGAGUUUUGGGCGAGGAGCUGCGAAGAGCAUCCCUUUCCCUGAGCUGAGGGCAAGCGGCAGGCGCGAUGGAGGGCUGCUGCACCGUGGCCAUCAGCUUGGAGCUCAGCAGCUUGUUCCCCACGCUCCUGCAGCUCUCCACCAAGGAGGUUGUGGCUAUUUGGGAUGCUGUGUCUGCGUACAUCCUGGGACAGCUGAAGCAGGACAAGGGUGUCCUGGUCGCAGGACUCGGGACCUUCGCGAUGGUCCAAGAGCAAUUCCAGGGCAGAGAAGAGGUGUAUGCGGUUCGAAGACCCGUCUUCCGACUGGAGCUUGAUGUGUUAUGUCCGCAGGAGCUCGCGUUCCCCACAGUGGUUAUCCCCGGCGAUGUCAAGAUCAAGCCGCUGAACUACAAGCGGCUGUCGCGAGCCACCUCCUUCCCACGGCACGUGGUGAAGGACUGCGUGCAAGAGACCAUCCUCUUGUACUCUUCCCAACUGAAGAACGGGCAGCGCCUCUCCUUCGCCUUCAAGGACAUUGGUGUUCUGUCCUGCAACGAUGACCUCCUGUGCAUGCGGUUCUAUUCUGACUGCGUCACAGGGCUGGAGAGCAAGGCCAGCCAGAUUGCGCUGCUUCACACUAGGCUGUGGACGCCAGGGGCAGCUGUCUCCGGUGGAGCGACCGCUGCCCAGGAGAUGCAGGCUGCUCCUGCCCACGCGUUCCCGAGGUUUCAGUUCCUGGUGAUCAGCAGAUCGGCGUCCAAGGCUUUCUCCACCUGGCACAAGAAGGUUGCAGAAAAGCACAGGGUCAGAAGAGGUACAGAGGGAAGCCAGGUGCCUGACAAGCUGCUGCAGAGGCGGGUGAAGUAUUCCCUCCCCGCGCUGCCAAACCAGGGGCCGGGCACCAGGCAGCAAGACACGGAGAAGAAGCCUUCUGCCGGUCUGCUCCCACCAUGUCCAGGCAGCUCCCCCAGCACGAAGGAGGCAAGCAGGCAGGAGCCAGCUCCUCCAGCCAGGCCCACCGCUGCGCUCCCGUCUUCUGAAGGCUGCAAGAGAGCGCUGCAGGAGGUCUGGCAGCUGUCUGCAGAGUGGGAGCGAGUGAAGACCCGGUGGGAAAGAGCGGCGACAGCAAGCAAAGGCAGAAUGGGCGGCGUGGGAGGCCUGGUCUGCAGGGGAGGACCGACAGCCGCCCCAGCCCAGCCCAGGAGAAAGGAGGUCGGCGGGAGGUGGAGGAAGGCUGAAAACCCUCUCCCAGCAGAGGAGAUGGCAGCAGCCGCCCAGCUGGAGAGACUCCAGCCUGACCACCUUUCCCCACGAGCGGCCCAGGUCCUCAGAAGGCUGGAGCCGCAUCAAGGACGGAGGACCAUCUUCAGGCACGUCACUGAGAACAACCGGCGGAAGCUGGAGCAGCAGAGGGCAGCUCCCCUGCACGCGAUGCUGGUACCGCAGCGGAGGAGAAGGUGCCGGAGGCGGCGGCUGUAG